CUGUCACAUCAGCAUGGCUUUCUCAUACUACGAAUACCUACCGUCCAAAGCAGCGGCCGCGAUUGCUUGCCUCGUCUUCGUCGUCCUCACUCUCGUUCACUCCUGGCAACUCUUCCGCACGCGGACUUGGUUCUUCAUCCCCUUCGUCAUCGGCGUCGAAGUGAUCGGAUACGCUGCCCGAGCAAAGUCUGCAGGCCAACAUCCGGAUUACACCUUGAUGCCAUACAUUCUCCAAUCCCUCUUUNUGCUCCUCGCACCCACUCUCUUCGCAGCAAGCAUAUACAUGGAACUUGGCCGCAUCCUCGACCUCACAGAAGGAGAAUCCCGCUCUUUGAUCAGGCGAAAACUGCUCACCAAGAUUUUCGUUCUGGGAGAUGUGCUUUCGUUCUUCGCACAGAGCGCUGGCGGUGGUAUGCUUGCUCAAGGCAUGUCCUCUGGAAACAAAAUCAUCAUUGGAGGAUUGGUGCUCCAACUGUUGUUCUUCGGCUUCUUCAUGAUAUCGGCUGUGGUGUUCCAUCGUCGCAUGUCAAGCAAUCCGACGGUGAAAGUCAAGAGUAUGCCUUUGCCUUGGAAGAAACACCUUCUUGCGCUGUAUGCUGGAAGUAUCAUGAUCUUGGUUCGCUCACUCUAUCGGCUGGUGGAGUAUGUUCAGGGUGGUAGCAGUGGGUACAUUGUUGAGCAUGAGUGGACGUUGUACGUCUUUGAUGCUGUUCUCAUGCUGGGUACUAUGAUGGUCUUCUUUUGGGUUCAUCCGAGCGAGAUCAGAGCGCUUAUGCGUGGUGGGCGCGCACUCCAGGGUUGGAUGCCUUUGAGAGUGCUUGCGCCGCUACACACUCCGGUG